CCAGCCCAUAGCCUGCAGCGUCGACCCAGAGUGAGGGGAGGAAGCACCUUCCCCUCACAACUGCUCAGCACUCUCCUCCGGGCCGACAUCUGAGAUUCUGCUCUGCUUCUCUCAGCUGCGUCCGAGCCGGGCACUGCUGGUGUUUACCCAACACCGCCUGGCAGCUCUCACUCUGGAUUACCACACACACACACACGCGCGCACACGCAGACACAUACACACGCGCGCGCGCGCGCACACUCAGACACGGGCACAAACCCACACGUACACAUGCACACGCACACGCCGUGCCUGCAUCUCAGUUUUUUUCUCCCUUUCCUGGACAUCUUUCGUCAAGUGAGAAAAGAAGGAUCUUUUUUUUGUUGGUUUUUUUUUGUGGAAUUUGUUUGAGCUUUAGGAAUUUGUCUUUUAUUUUUGGAGAGUUCUGCGACUGCGGAGCAGGGGGUUGCAGGGGCGCUUUUUGCGCACGAUGGAUCACACGGUGUUCGGCUGCCUGCGAGGCCCCCACGCCGCUCCACAGAGCCUCCACCCAGCCUUUGCCCUGCACAGCCGCUCCGAGCACCUCUCGGCCUACCCGGACCUCUGCUCCACCUCCUCCUCCACCUCUCCCUGUGUCGUGAGCAGCUACCCAGGGGAGAGCAGCCUCUUCGGGGGUCACGGGCACCAGCGCGGGCCCCCAAUCGCUCAGCAGCACCACCCUCCUCCCCAACCCCAGACUACUUGGCACGUACCUCACAUGCCAGUCGCGUCGUCCGCCAGCACCCGGCUGUGUCCGGGCAUGGCGGGUACCGACUCCGGCUCCUCGGACAUGGGCCCUGGGGGGCCGAGCCUAUGUGCCAGCACUCCCAGCCUGGCUGGAGGGGUGCCCACGGGAGCCUCCUGCGUACCAGGUGGGGACUUUGGCCAUCGGACGCUGUCUCCGGCCGAGGCGGAGAAGAGGAACUGCAAAAGGAGGAACGACAGCUCAGAGUCCCAAGAUGGGAAUUACAAACCGGACGCAAACAGCAAGCCGCGGAAGGAGCGGACAGCAUUCACCAAGGAGCAGAUUCGCGAGCUGGAGGCGGAGUUUGCCCAUCACAACUACCUGACCAGACUGAGGCGUUACGAAAUAGCCGUUAACCUGGAUCUGACGGAGAGGCAGGUGAAAGUCUGGUUCCAGAACAGACGGAUGAAAUGGAAGCGAGUGAAAGGCGGCCAGCAGGGGGCAGCGGCGAGAGAGAAAGAGCUGGUACAUGUGACGAAGGGCACCUUGCUACCGUCUGAGUUCUCGGGCGUCGCCGGACUCCACCACACGGCGGACUCCCUGGUUAACGAGGACAGCCGCGACAGCGACCAGAGUUCCGAGCACGCUCAAUUAUGAUACAGAGAGAUCUCAGUUGGCCCCAAGAUGCCGACUUGGGGUUAUGUUGUGGCCUAGUACCGUGGCAGUCAAGAUUGCUCUUCAUGUGUGGAGCCCGAUAACAGCUCAGUAGGUCUUGACCUUUAAUCCUCUGGGCUGCACAAACGGCACCCGCCAAAGGAAAACUAUGCCCAUGGCUUUUGCUCAGGAAAGUCCCUAUAAGAGCUGUUGGUAGCCAACAGCUGAUUGACCGUGUCCCACCUACAUGGGUACAUGUAAAAAAAAAAAAAGAGAACACAUGCAUGUUCUGCCACAAUAGAAUCCCGAGAGGAAUAUGUUGAUUUACGUCAAAGUGUCUUAUCCAACUGUGAAAUUAGUGUUUUGACAUUAAUGGUUAAACACAGUUUUCACAUGGGAUAUUGAGAGAGUAGGAAUUCAAAAUCUAUUUCAUUACUGCAUGCUCUCAUCGCGUUUAACACGGUAGGAGGACUUUAGAGUCUAAGUGCGACAUCUGGAAUUUGGGCAAAAUGUUGAACAUUCCAUAAAACUUGCCUUUACAUUAAAAAGAGGGCGGGUUUAUGCCUUGGUUAGUUUGCACUGUAAACAUGUGCCUUCAUUGGUUCUACUGAGUUCUUCUGAAACUCUCAAUGUAAACAAGUGUUCAGUCAAAAUAUAAAAUGCCGUGUAAAUAUCAGUAUUGCUUUUUUCAUACCCUGCAUAUGACAUCAAUUUCUUGUACAGACAAUUUCAUCAUAAAUAAAGACGUCUCAUGUUGUUGACUUAA